AUGGAAGACGAAAGUGAAGUGGCAGGGGAGAGGGACAAGUGUGUAUGUCGAACUUCAUUAGGGGCACGCACCAAAAGCACCUAUGAAAGCGUAAUUGGGUGUGUAAAGGAAAAUAAAAAUGACCAGAAAAAAAUCCGAUACUCACUAUUCCUAAAGGCGUAUGAAAAUGCAGAGCUCAUUCAAAUGGAAAAACAAGACAAGCAAGAAAAGUUAAAAUUAAAGAUGAACGAAUGGAACAUGUGGAACGCCUGCAGCGAUAUGAAGGGUUCCAAAGAGAAGCAAAGAUUGAAGCUGCUAAGUAUGCUAAAAAAUUAUCAAAUAAAAUACCAAGCAUAUUCAAACCUGAAGGCGUUAUGUGAUUACAAUAUAUAUUUUGAGAAUCCAUCAAUUGGAAAGGCAUCAAUUGGGAAGGCAUCAAUUGGGAAGGCAUCAAUUGGGAAGGCAUCAAUUGGGGAAGUUAUGGAAAACUGUGAAAAUAUUUUAGAGGACCCACAUAGAGAGAACUUCUUCUACCAUCUGGUUAGCAUGGGUGUGUCCUACAAUGAUAUAAUACUCAUCUCAAGUGUCUUCGAAAAGAUAGAACACCUGAAAAAUUGUAAUUUGUAUAUGUUGCCAUGGAUUUAUAGAAAGCUAAAUGAGUUUCAUAAUUUUGAUACAACCACAUUUAUCAUUCAUUGUGUUGCUUAUUCUUUAUCCACUUUCCCUUGUUCAUUAGCUUUGUUUCUUCAAUAUAGAACGUUGGCUAUUGUUUUUCCUCUAUUUUUUACAUACAUGAUUUUAUCAUUUCCUUUUUUGUUACAAGAAAUAAAUUGUGGUCGUCUCUUCUUGGAUGGAUGCAUGUCUUUCUUCGUUUCCUUCGAUUACUACCACCUCCCCAUCGGUAUAAUCCUCCUCAUUUCAUACCUCCUCUCCAUUAUCAAUUGUGUAGAUAUUAUAUGUUUGCAAGUUAUUUAUUUUUCCUUUUAUCUCACUCCUAAUAACCCUUGGGUUUAUCGGAAUGUCGAUACCAAAAUAUGCUCCAAGUUUAACGGAACCCGGAGCAUUUGUGAUUUUGCCCGCAACAUCUGCUACUACAAUGAGGCCACUGACGUGUGCGAACUCAACCGGAUUAAGCUGGGCACCAAAAUCUACGACACACUAUUGAGCAAGUAUGCUGAACCCAAGAGCGAGAAAUUUGCAUACACCACAGUGCUUCUCUCCUUCCUCCUCCUUAUCCUUUACAACAUCUUCUCCAAGUAUAAGACUUCGCACAAGGUCCUGAAGAUCCACCUGUCCAUUCUGAUACUGGUGUUGGCCGUCUUCAUAAUUACGAUGCGAGAUUUCACGAUGAUGCAGUUUCUCCUUGCUGACUUUAAUUGGGACAGAGUCAUGAACGUGCUUCUCGACCACGAGGUCUGGAUUGCCUGCAUGAUGCACUGCACAAUCACCAUGUCACUACAUUCUGGAAUGUACUUCUAUACUUCUAAGGGGCUCAGGCUCGGCAUCGAUGUCAUCUCGUGCACCUACCUCGUCGUGCUCUGCUGCUUCCUUCUGGAUAUGCUUCUAUUCGUAACUUUCUCUAACAUCAUCGGCAUGUACAUAAAGGAUAUAGCGAAGAGCUACUCCUACCUAAUGAAGUUGGUGAAGAGGAACGUCUUCUACGUUCUAUUGCCUGUGGGAAAAAACUUCUACUCCAAGUUUUCCUUCUUCCUAGGGAUCAACAUAUCGAUAAUCUUCUUGACAUUCAUGUUGCUUUCUGCAUCGAAGAGGAUAGAGAUUUUAUUUCUUUCAUUUGAUGAUAUAUACUUUUUCAAGCCAAAGAACACAUGGUUAGAUGUGAGGUGGGUAUUACUCUUUCUACUUUACUACUUGUACAGCUCCCUUGAUAUAACUUUCCUUGAUCUUUUCUUCACGGAAAUAUCUCACAUUAUUACUCUCCUCAUUCUAUUUUACAUUAACUUUAAUUUCUUCUGGAUACGUGGAUUUAAAAAGACGAUGGAAAAAUUCGGCAAGUGUCCACUCAUCUGCCAACUUGUUCUGACUGCAUUAAAUCAGUUUUUCUUUUUCUACUUUGAAAUAAUUUUUCGUCUUCCCAACCGAGUUACUCUCUACUUGGUGCGGCAAGUUAUUAACAUUUGUAUAAUUCCCCUCGUGUCGGUGCUCCUAUUUCGGUGCGCUUGGUUCGGGGGGCCUAUGCAACUGCGGAGGGGUGGCAUAAAGCAGAUUCUGAUGGACGCCUAUGAGCUCGCCACCGAGUGCACCAACAAGCCCAAGAACAUCCAGCUCGAGUUCAGCCAGACAUCCAAGAGUGCCAAGUGGUUCAACCUCUACAUCAUCCUUUUCUGCAAAUACCUGGGGAUCGACCUGGUGUUUAUGUGCUUUGUACAUGUGGGAAGUAGCAUUUUUUCAAUAAAAGGAAAUUUUUUUAAAAAAAAAAAUGUCCAUCUGCAGACGGAUCCCUACCUCCUCUUUUUUCUCCUCUUCCUUUGCUACGUCUACAUUGUCUACAUUAAUGUACCCCUCCUCCAGAUGAUUAAGAGGCGCAAAUUCUUCCGGGUUAACAACUUUAAUGUCCUCGACUAUCCCAUAUGUUUUGAGGAGCCCAAGAGGUCGCAGAGAGGUCUCCUCUUUCAGGAGUUUAAGCGAGAGUGA